GCAUAGAGCGGGAACUUCCCCUCCUUGCUGCCUCAGCUCAAACUUAAAGACUUCAUUUAACAUAACUUCAUUUAUGUGUUUUGUGAUUCAUGAAUACAAAAUAAGAAGAGCCAACUGCCCGGUGUUUGACAACUUAAGUUAGAGCUAGCAACUACGCCAUACAAAACACCAUGAAAACACAAUUUCUUCAUCAGUCUCCUUCUCUCCCCCAAAACACAAAUACCUUCCUCUUCAUCCACAACCAACCUCCGCGUCCAACUCAAAAUAAAAUCCCUCAUCCAAUCGAAGCGUGCCCAGUGGAUCUCACCCUCUCUCCACUGAAACCCAUACCUCAGAUCCCUAAUCUAUCAAUCGGAGAACAAUGACGAAGCAAUCUAAAGCCAAGAAAUUGGAUAAUUUGGGAAAGGGUACCGUCACACCCGUGCAGAUCGCCUUCCUCGUCAACCAGUUUCUCUUUGAUAACAGCUACACCGAAGCCUGCUUCGUUUUCCGAACUAAAGCCUCCUCACUCUUCUCUACGUCUCCGAUUCAAGAGCAGGAAAGUUUGCGAUGGGUCGACACGAAGAUCCAAAGAGAUGUUUCUGUGGAUAUCAACAAGAAAAGGAUAAUUGUAACCCCUAUUCUGAGAUUGGUGUUUUGUAUGUUGCCUCUAGUUGCUACAUCUGAAUUUUACGAGGUGAAGAAUAAAGUCAAGAACAAAGUUGUUCGCGAAGUCAUGCAUAGAUUUUGUCAAGGGACAUAGAUCACUUUGUGAUCGUGUUCUUCAGGAAGACACUUUCCAAGCUGUUGAGAUGGUGACGGAGCAAAUAAACCUGUUGUUGGUAUACUAAGCAAGGUAUGAAUGAUAAGUGUGUUUUUGUUUGCAUAAGAUUAGUUAAACAAGGUGCGGUCAAUCUCCCUUUCUAUAAGUCAGCUUCAAUAAUAUGGCUAGCAAAUUGGCUUUUUCAAUCGUUAAAUGGUCAGGAAAGAGGUAUAAUAUCCAUUUUCUGAACAUCAAAUAACUAUUAUGUAUAGACUGCAGAUUUGAGACAUAAAUGAAGUAUCAAGACAGGACAUGGAUGAACUUAUCAAUAUGUAGGCUUGGCAAGUAGUGUUUCAUCAUCUGACAAUAUACAGAAAAGG